AUGCCCAUAUUUGAAGGAGUCUUUAUAUUCCCGACAGAAGACAGCGGCAAACAAAACCUCCAUAAGAAUUUAGAAGCUCUGUUCAAACGUGCCCUUCGGAGUACAUCAGAUAACUUCGUGACAAACCACAUGCCAAAGGACAACAUGGCUGAACAAACAUCUAUGCAGAUCCUAUCUACUACGAAUCAAAAGUCGACCAGUGUAAAAAGAGACAAUCGCAAAAAAGAAAUACUUAAGGUGUUGGAAUACCUGGGCAAAGAUAUGCUUCAUGGUGUUUUUAAUCACUUGGCAAAACACGAUGUUCUGACAUUGAAGGAAGAGGAAAAGAAAAAAUAUUACGAUGCCAAAAUUGAAGACAAGGCCCUGAUCUUGGUAGACUCUGUGCGAAAGAAUCGCGUGGCUCAUCAAAGGUUUACCCAAACCCUUCUCAAUAUGGACCAAAGGAUCACCAGUGUAAAACCUCUUCUGCAAAUUGAGGCUGGACCACCUGAGUCAGCAGAAUCUACAAAUACUCUCAUACUUUGUCCUCAUGAAGAAUUCCUGAGACGGUGUAAAGAAAACCAUGAUGAGAUCUAUCCAAUAAAAAAGAGAGAGGACCGCAAACGCCUAGCUCUCAUCAUAUGCAAUACAGAGUUUGAUCAUCUGCCACCAAGGACUGGGGCUCACUUUGACAUCCUGGGGAUGAAAGGGCUGCUUCAGGGCCUGGGCUACAACGUGGUUGACAAAACGAAACUCACAGCCAGGGAAAUGGAGUCAGAACUGAGGGCUUUUGCUAGGCGACCAGAGCACAAGUCCUCCGAUAGCACGUUCCUAGUGCUCAUGUCUCAUGGCAUCCUGGAGGGAAUCUGCGGAACUGCACAUGAUGAGAAAAACCCAGAUGUGCUGCUUUAUGACACCGUCUUCCAGAUAUUCAACAACCGAAACUGCCUCAGUCUAAAGGACAAACCCAAGGUCAUCAUUGUCCAGGCCUGCAGAGGCGAAGGACGUGGGGAACACUGGGUCAGAGACUCUCCAGCAUCCUUGGCAGUCAUCUCUUCACAGUCACCUGAGAACCUGGAGGAAGAUUCUGUUUGCAGAGUCCACGUGGAGAAGGACUUCAUUGCUUUCUGUUCUUCAACACCACAUAACAUGUCCUGGAGAGACUGCACAAAGGGCUCCAUCUUCAUCAUGGAACUUAUCACAUGCUUCCAGAAAUAUUCUUGGUGCUACCACCUAAUGAAAAUAUUUCAGAAGGUACAGAAAUCAUUUGAAAUUCCAAUGGCUAAAGCCCAGAUGCCCACCAUAGAACGAGUAUCCUUGACAAGAGAUUUCUACCUCUUUCCUGGCAAUUGAAAAUGAAACCAUAGGCAGCCCAGCCCUCCUCUGUCAACACCAAAGAGCACCUUUACCUGUGUAGCUUGCAUAUUCAACAUUUGGUGUUUUGAUAAAAGUAAAGAUGGUAU